AUGGCCGGCGCUCGCUUGGACGGCGACAGCCCUUCCAGCAGCGACGACGAGAGUGUUGCCGGCUCCGGCGGCGCGCCUCUCUACGCGUGGUCUCCGGAGAAUCGCGCCUCGCGCGUCGAGGAAAACAAGCGUUUUCCUUCCCAAACCAACACCACGGCCGCCCAGUCGGACAGUUCCACUGGCAAGCACCUCGCGAUCGAGUCUGCUCUCGACAGUAAGCGAGACCCCAGAACCCCGUCGGACCAGGAAAUCCAAACACCUGAGCCGAUUAAGCCGCGCCGGUCGUUCUCCAAGUCGACUCUCCGAGCUGCGGCUAAGGCAUUUGCUCACCCGACGGGCACCUCAGUCGGUGGUGUCUCCCCAUCUUUGAGCCUGACUGCCUAUCCAGGCCCCGGGGUCACUGCUCAGCGCCAGCCCAGUCUCCCAAUGCUUCUUACUCUUUCGUCUUCUGCUUCUCAGACGCAGAGUCGCUCCCUCAUCCCCGGCUCGACCACUCAUUCUUUCAUCAACGCCAUGCAAGCCAUGAACAUUAACGCGGCAGAGGAUAAUCUUCAUCCCCUUCAAAAGACGCAUCGCGACCAGACUUGCAAACUACAGGCGCGCGUCUGGGGCCUCCGCCAGGGCAUGUAUGGCCAGAGUGCCAUUCCACAGGAAUUCCUCAUGUCAUUCGACUACGACGUGCAGGAGCUCAUGAACAAUACCGUCAAGAUGAACCAGGCGGUUGACCGGCUGACGGCCGAGCUCAAGAAGGCGUUCGCUGACCAGGAACGCGUUCGUAUCCUCGAGACUACCAUUCGCACUCUUGAGAGCGAUCUCAAAGAGUGGAAGGAGCGCUGUCAAAACGCCGAGAAAACCCUAGCGAGCCUCGCAGGGCGCAGCGAUGAGGACAUGAAGACGAUUCAGUUUCUCAAUGAGCAACUUCGCCAGAAUGAUAUGGCUCGCACGAUCCUCCAGGACCAGGUCAACGGCAAGCGAAACCUGUGGCUAAACGUCCACAAUGACCCUCAGGACCGGGCUGCCGUUCUGGAUACCCUCGCUCGUUCUUCGACUCCUCUCAGCAGUCAAACCUUUGCGUUGCCCCCCGCGGAGCAAGGCUAUGCCCCGAGUGUCAGGGCUCCCCCUCCCACUCUCCGCUCGAGCAGCUCUCUCACUGCCAAUGUUCACACAGGCAUCGACCGCUCGGGCAACGGCACCCCAGGCAACGUCAACCCCAGCGGUUUCUACUAUGGCGGUGCUCCCCAAGGACCUGGUGGCCCCUUCGCCGGUGGAUAUUCUCCCUUCCAGUCUAUCCCCUCGUCACUCUCUGGGCCCGUGGUCUACCAGGGUCACUCCCACCACCAGCGCCGUCCGUCCAACACCACGGCCACCAGCGGCCGCUCUAAUGCCAGCUUCGCGGUCAGCCGCCCUUCAUCCGGCCCCAGACGGAACCCCAGGGUUACUACGAUGAGCACCGAGACCGGCAGCCCCAAGGAGCGGAAGCGCGCUACGCCGGGCUCUCUCGUGAGGGCCGACCUCGAGGGCUCGGACUGCCUGAGCUGGGCAGAUGAGUUCCAGUCGCUGUUCGCGCUGAUCUACGGCUUCUGCGCCUCGUACUUCCACGACCUGCCUCCGAUCGACGAGAACUGGAAACGGCAGAUCCAGUCGGAGGCCAACGGCCAGCUCUGGGACUACAUCUGCAAGAUCUGCCAGACCAACCAGGAGCAGACCCACGGUGAGCACGCCAUGCGCCUGCUGAGCAACCGCGACUCCCGGCCGUACCUCAUGCAGCGCCUCAUCCUGCAGCACAUCAUGGUCUUUAUCUGCAGCUACGAGGGCUGGAAGGACUACUCGGAGGAUGUGGACGAGGAGAUGGAGAAGCUGGACAUGCGGUUGAAGAAGAUGGAUCCCUCCAAAGCCUACGACCGCCAGGCCCUCAUUGACCGCCGCGCCCAGCUCGUAAGCGAGAUGGUCUCCGGCAGCAACGCGGCAGCCUUCAAGAACUUCAAACUGACCCAACACCACCAAUACCUCAAAACCAUGGUCGCCCCCUUCCUCACCCGCCGCAGCCGGCCCACCACCCACAACAACAACAACAACAACACCAACACCUCCACUUCCCUCACUACCCACAACACCACCACAGGCACUCACCCCCCUACCCAUCCUCCCGCGGCCUCCACAAACGCCAACACCACCAACGAGGCCCUCUACGACCUCUUCGGCAUCACCACCAGCGCCUGGGAGCUGUCGGCCAAGCUGUUCCGGUCGCGCCUGACCUUCCAGUACGUGUGGAACGACGCGGGCGUGCGCUUCGCGGCGGACACGCACGAGCCGUUGGAUUUGCCAUCUCUACCUGGUUCUGGUUCUGGUUCUGGGGGUGGGGGUGCUGGGGGUGGUUCUGGGGGUGGUUCUGGGGGUGGUUCUGGUGGUGGUGUUACUGGGGGGGUUGCGGCUGCGGAGAGGUUGCUGGCGCUGCAGCAGGAUCAUGCGCGGGUGCGGUUCUGUGCUACGCCGGCGGUUACGGUGAGGAAUGAUCAGGCGAUGACGAUUCGGACGAGGAAUAUUCUCAAGGCGGGGGUGUUGGUGAUGCGGUAUUGA